GUGAUCAAGCUGGGGUAUGUUGGGGUAUGCUUGGUAUUCGACAUUAUUAAGGCCGACGGCAAAAGGCGACCAACAGAAUUUUUAAGGCGUCGUCUGCGUGUGUUUGUUUGCUUCUGAAGGUUGUGGUUGUUUACGUCGAAAGCUCUUUGUCUCCAAGAGGUGACUGUUAAACAGCUGUAGGCAGUUGUCCCGGCCCUUGUGACGAAGGCAAACGAGUAUGUGGGGAAUCAAUUAAACCGUCCCCUUUUUUUUGUCAGUGUGUGUGUGUUUGUCCGAGUUCAAAUGUCUUGAAAACACUAAUUAACAAGCCGCACCCGGAUUUCCUUGUCCACCUACGCACAACAAGCAUCACACAUCAUCAUUUUGUCUUUCAUCAUUCUCAGCCAGCAACUCUUGUAGGACUGGUGGUUAACAAUUAGGUUACAGUGGGAUACUCCCCGCUGGUCAAAAAAUAGUGUUACAUCAUGGCCAAACGAGGGUGCUGCAGUUCGCAACUUGAGUGUUGUUUUGGGAGACUUGGAUGCAGGUUCUGCUGCAGAUGCUGCCCCACGGCUUUUGAGUCGACAACAACUAGACUAAUGUACACACUGAUGCUGCUUUUGGGAACAGGUUUCAUGUGUGUCAGCCUCACCCCACAUAUAGAAGAAAUACUAGAAGACCAUAUACCUCAUUUUGAAGCCACCUGCGAAUUGCUGAAAAUUGGUGGGAAAUGCCAACUGUUGGUGGGAUAUAUGGCCGUCUAUCGAACUGCUUUCGCCUUGUCUGGAUUUUUCUUCCUCAUGUCGCUGGUGACUGUUGGUAUCAAGACUAGCCGAGGCUUUAGGGCUGGAUUUCACAACGGUGCUUGGUUAUGGAAGUUCCUUUUGUUGAUUGGAAUCGGAGUCGGAGUAUUUUGCCUACCCAGUGAACGAAUCGCUCAUUUCCAAAUAGUUUGGAUGUACAUAGCCCUCGUAGGAGCAGUGGCGUUCGUCCUCAUUCAGUUGUGGCUCCUCGUCUUCUUCGCGCGAAGCCUUGGCAACAAAAUCAAUCACAGAGUAGCCGAAGGCGGGAAUCCUGUCUGCUGGUACGGAGUGUCUUCCAUGUGUACGUUAUUGUGUUUCGCCAUCAGCGUCAUCGGCACCAUGGCUCUGUUCAGCUUCUUCACAACUUGGGAAGGCUGCACGACUAAUAAGAUUUUCAUCGGAAUCAACGCCGGCUUGUGCCUUUUCUUGUCAGUCGUAUCCGCCCUCAUCUGUUGUGGACCAAAAGAAACCCAUUCUGCCUUGCUCCAAGCGAGUAUCAUUUCAGUUUAUAUUACUUACCUGACGUGGACGGCUGUUUCGAGUAUUCCAAGGGAGCCGACCCCUUCUCCCGAAUCGUCUGUUCAACCGCCACAAUCCAAAAGUUUGAUGGAAAUACCAGAGAAUGGGGGCAUAUCGGAUCAAAAGUUCUAUUGCGGACCAGAAGGUGCGGCAUUCGACUACAACGAGUUUGUCUUACCUUACGUGGGUGUGGUCAUCAUGUUUUUCUCCGUGGUUUACUCCAGCUUAGGCACGUCGGCCGACAGUGCAGUGGCGCUCGGCGUGACCGGCCACCGGCGGGGCUCCGACCGAAACGCCGAACGAACAAAGAAAUCGUCAUCGUGUCUUCCACCCUGUUGUAAAGCUGCCGACCGUGGUGAUUCGACGAACGAUGGGAGUGGCGGGGAGACGGGUGACGGUGGUGGACAACGAGUUCUUCGUAACGAACGCGACGGCACGGUCUACAAUUACAGCCUCUUUCACGUCGUUUUUUGUCUGGCUUCCAUGUACAUCAUGAUGACGCUAACCGCAUGGCUGAGGCCGGAGCAAGCAACCCUGUCGAGUUUCAAUCAAAACUGGCCUACCGUAUGGAUUAAAAUGGGGUCGUCGUGGGCCUGCGUGCUCCUCUACCUGAUCGCCUUACCCCUACGCCGGUUUGGACGUUACAGCCGGGUCGGCGGUGGUGUCGUCGAUAACGGUUCUCAACCCCUCACCACCUCACAGCGCAUCCAGACGAGGGAGAUAUACGAGCGAGAAACGGUGACUUAACAACAACUCGAUGCAAAACUCAAUAUUUUUUAAGCUCCUCCUCUUCUACUGCCUUUCCAAUCUUCUAGAUGAUGCUCUUCUUUUUUUCUUUUCCUCUCGGUUAACCGCACACUCACCUAAAUAACAAAACUUGUUUUAUUAUUUUUAUUUGAAGAGCUCGAGAUUUUGUUUUUCUUCUCCUCUGAUUACACACCACGACCGGUUCUUCAUCAUCUUGAUACGAAAGGUGGGGUGAUGGUGGUAAUGGUAGGGUUUGUCCUAAGGGGGGAGAAGUACCUAGUAUUAUAUGGGGCGCGUCUGGGGGUCACAUCACAAGCAGAAAACAAAAGAACAUCACAAACAGGAACGAGAAUCUUUUUUCUUUUUUAGUUUCUUCUUCGACGUAGAAGGGAGGGGGGGAAAGAUUCAUCUUGUAUUCCGACUUUAGGCCAGCGACGUAAUCUCUUUUAGUUUGUGACAGCGGCUGAGGGCACGUUUGCCUGCUGUCACGAGGUCGCAAGGUUAUGUGUUUCUUGUUUUAGUUGUGGUAUUACACACGUCGGGAGGCUGCUGCUGUUUGGCUUUGAGCCACGAGUGCAAUUAUCAAAUAAUCUCGAGAAGGAAAGACGUAGGAAAAUGCAUUUAAAUUUUUUUUUCAAGGGGGGGAUUGUUGUAGCGGAGUAGUAAAUGUUUUUUAUACGACGACGGUUGGAAACGAUGGCGCGCUCGAAGUGGAUGUGACGGUGGUUUUCUAUUGUUAACCUAAUAAUCUAUGUGCCUUGCACUCAACGCUCCACCUUUCACGUCCCUCUAUCCUCCUUUUUCUCUUUCUACCGAGACUGAUGACCUCAAUCUUGGGCUAUUUUCAAACAUAUUUUUGAAUUAUCAAUGGCUACUAGCCUCCCCUUGUCUCAUCUAACCAAAACUUGCCAGUUGUUAUUGAUGUGUCGAGGCUUGUUGUUUUUUUUCACCGAGUCGCGAACGUAUGGCGAUUCUCGCCGUUUAACUCUUGGAAGACGAUAAGAUUGCGACGAUGGUCGUUGCUGAUGGCUGGCUGACAAGACGCAAGUGCCUCGACUGUUUUAUUUCAUCGCUGCCUUCUCUCGCCACACAUCGUGCAAUCAUCUCUACUCGAGCGUUCAAGGAAGAAGAGGAACAAAAUAAAACCGCGUGACCUUAUAGAGAUCUUCAACGUUUGUGUGUUGUUUUUAGAGAUAAUCUCCAGGGCCAAGCCUUUCUCUGCCUCCACCUACACACACACACGCAAAGUAACUCUCGUUGUACUCUUCACUAUUAUGACCGACACCUUUUGCGCACACUUGUGACGUGUUUCUCUGCUAUUUCGACUACACGACUCGAAAACGUUCUAACCGAAAAAAAAAAAAAACAAAAUACAUUUUCUGGGUUUGGGCACCUCGGACCAAUCAAAUAAAACGUGGGAAAUAGUCGAAAGCAAACCGAAAGAACAAAAGAUGAUUGAUGAAUUUAAUGUCGUGUAUGUGUAUAAAAUAAACAAAAAGUGAACAAAUAA